AUGCAGCCUAUUACGGGAUUGGGAGUGGCAAGAGUUUUGGAAUCUGGGCAUCCGAACUUCGCGAAAGGCGAUUUGAUUUGGGGCAUGACCGGAUGGGAGGAGUACAGUCUACUUCAUGAGCCAGAGACUUGCUUUAAGAUCGAGCACACUGAUGUUCCUCUCGCUUACUACACCGGUCUUUUGGGCAUGGCGGGCCUGACAGCUUAUGUGGGGUUUUUCGAGAUAUGCUCCCCUAAGAAAGGAGAGACUGUUUUCAUAUCGGCUGCAUCAGGAGCUGUUGGUCAGCUUGUUGGCCAGUUUGCAAAGUUGUUUGGUUGUUAUGUUGUUGGCAGCGCCGGUAGCAAAGAGAAGGUUGAUUUGCUGAAGAACAAGUUUAGAUUCGAUGAUGCUUUCAACUACAAGGAGGAACUGGAUUUGGAUGCAGCACUGAAAAGAUGCUUCCCUGAGGGGAUCGAUAUCUACUUCGAAAAUGUCGGCGGAAAGAUGCUUGAUGCGGUGCUGCUCAACAUGAAACUUCAUGGCCGAAUCGCGGCAUGUGGAAUGAUCUCACAGUACAACCUCGAGCAGCCCGAAGGCAUACACAACUUGUUGAGCAUUAUACUGAAGCCAGUUCGAAUGGUAGGUUUCUUGGUGUUCGAUUACUAUCAUCUCUACCCGAAGUUCCUGGAGACGGUAUUGCCUCAGAUCAAAGAGGGAAAGAUUGUGUACGUAGAAGACAUCAUUGAAGGGCUCAAGAACGGUCCGGCAGCUCUCGUCAGGCUGUUCUCAGGUCGCAAUGUCGGGAAACAAGUGGUAGUGGUUUCUCGCGAAUGAGUCAGCUUUCUGUACUUUGUCGUCCGCCUAGUCUCUUUUUUUCUCGUGUUUUCGAAAGAGGUUGUUUUCUGUUUGUCUUUAUGUCA